CAACUUGGAAACUGAAGAACUAUUUGAAUAUUUUUCCCAACACUUGGGAGAUUAUGAAAGUGUCUUAUCUGCUUUGGAAGAUCUCAAUGUAGCCAUACUGAAGGCAAUGGAUGCUACAAAAAAAAACUAUCAAGUGGCUUCUAAGUUGGAACAGUUUGUGACUCGCUUUUUGUUAAAAGAAACCCUGAAUCAACUACAGUCUCUCCAUAAUUCCCUGGAAUGUGCCAUGGAAACCACAGAGGAACAAACCCAACAAGAGAAGCAAAUCCCAAAGAAGCCAGAGGUGCUCAAAAUACAACACCCAGGAAGACGUUCAGGUCGAAGGCGCCAGAGAAAUAACAGUUUUUCUCCAGUUAGUCCUCUUUUUAACCCAGGUUUGCAGAAGGACGACAACCAAUGGAUGACCCAGAUAAACAGACUUCAGAAGCUGAUUGAUAAGCUAGAACAGAAGGAUCUAAAGCUUGAGCCACUAGAAGAAGAGGUAUCAGAAGGAAAUACUAAAUCUCAAAUAAUGAUUGUUCAACGUCAGAUGUCAGUGAUCACAGAAGAACUAGAGCCAUUCCGCUUUGCUCUAAAGCAGUACAUAGAUAUGGCCUCUUCUCAGGAUGGAUGUCUGCAUGUUUCCAUUCAGAAAUUUUCAAGCAAAUCCUGUUUCAUUGUGUAUGAAUUUUGGGAGCACAAUGCCUGGAACAGCCAUCUCCAGAUGAAUUAUAGCAAGUCAUUCCAAAGAAGUAAUGUAGAUUGCCUGGAAGCUCCAGAACGCAUUACAACUAUGCUUGUUCCUGCUUCGUGGUGCAUCCUGAACAACUAG